GCGACGCCAAACCAAGACUGCAGUAACCCUGGCCACGCAAAACUCGGGGUAGGGUUCCCAGUGCACUUGCCGUUGUGGCGACCGACCCUAUCACGGCGUGAAGUGCGAGCUUCAAUUUCAUUUUCCAAUUGGAUCCAACCCGCUCCCAUGGUAGCGACAAUCCCCAAGCUCGUGCUUCUCCUCGGUGUCUCUGCGACGGCCGUCGUCGGCGACUGCGGCACGGCACGCGCGCCCACGGCCCGCUUCCAAGUGCUCUCGUACAACGACGUGUACGAGAUGCAGAACGAGACCGACGCCUCGCAGUAUGGCGUCCUCGUCGGCGGCCCCUCGCGUGUCAUCCCCAUCGCACAGAAGCUUCGCAAGAACUUUGACAACAGUUUGGUCAUCUUUGCGGGCGACACCAUGUCGCCGUCGCUCUGGUCCGGCCAGUUCAAGGGUAUCCAGAUGGUCGAGGCCCACAACGCGCUCAGUGUCGACUUUGCGUGCCUCGGCAACCACGAGUUUGACUUUGGCAUCGACGCGUUCCUCAACGUCUCGGCCGCCUCCAAGUUUCCUUGGCUCAACGUCAACGCGUACGAGAAGUCGACCGGCCAACUUCUCCGCGGCACCAAACCGUAUGCGGUCAAGGUGCUCAACUCGCCGACGAUGGGGACGAUCAAGAUCGGCGCCUUUGGUGUCAUGUACGAUAUGCAGGACGCGACCACGGGCAUGUACUGGAUGGACCCGGUGAACGCGUCGAUCCCGGUCGUCAAGACGCUCCGUGAGGUCGAGAAGGUCGACAUGGUGAUUGCGCUCACGCACCAGUUUCUCGACGACGACAACCGCUUCUCGCAGCUGGUCAAGGGCGUCGACAUGAUUUACGGCGGCCACGACCACUCGGCGAUGCUCCAGACCAACUUUGGCACGCCGUACCUCAAGUCGGACCUCAACUUCCGCAGCAUUUGGGUCUCCGACAUCAAGUACUAUGCGCCGUUCCAGUCGGAUCCAAAGACGUUGAACAAAGCGUUCACCAAAAUGAGCCACAAGAACCUCGCGAUCACGAACGAGAUGCCGUCCGACCCGGCGUUUGACGAGAUCAUCAAGUCGUACGACGCCAAGAUCAACGUGCUCUUCAAGCGCAAUGUCGGCUCGCUCUGCGCCGAAACCGACUUGACCGCCAAGCUUCUGCGCCAAUCCGAAGCGCCGAUCGGCAACUUCUUUGCCGAUGCAUUCAAGGACUACUACAAAAAGGUGGCGGUCGAUGUCGGCUACAUGAACGCCGGCGGUAUCCGCACAGACAAGAAGUGGUCGGCCGGUCCAUUCUCGCUCGGGGACCUCAUCUCGUGGUCGCCGUUUGGCAAUAUGAUUGCGGUCAUCGCGACCGACGGCGCUAGCUUCAAGAAGUUUCUGGGCACCCAGCUCGCGCAGACGUGCGACAAGGGCAACAACCUCAUGCUCAACGGCUUUUACCCGCAGAUCGCCGGCGUCAAGGUCUCGUACAAGUGCAGCGGCGAAAAGGCGGGCGCGAUCACAAGCCUCCAGUGGGACGGCGAAGUCAACGGCAAGUCGGGCGACAUCAAGGAUUCGGACGCGUUCAACGUUGCCCUCUCGACGUACAUGAAGGACCUCUUUGACCAGUUUGUCGGCAAGCCGGCCAAGUACCUCGUCGAUGCCGCCGAAGCGACGCGCAUCGACCUCGUCCUCGAGACGUACACGAAAAAGCAAGACGGCAGCGUGUGCCCCAAGCUGGGCGGCCGCAGUACGAUCUCGUUCUAACUCGGGUCGCACGGUGCAUCGAACGACACUCGUCGGGGAGGAAGCCGCCGAGAUCCUAACAAAAUCACAGCAUUUUUGUAUCAA